CGCAACACUGGUCGACGCUGGGAAGAAGAAGAAAACGACAAUUUGCCACAGUCACAAUUUAAUUUCUUUAGUUUUUUGGGUUUUUAUUAAAAUUAAGUGCACGCACGGAAUUAGAACGGCAAUCAGUGGCAGCCGAACUGAGUUCCCAUCGGCAACAAAAUAGUCAAUUAAGGGUUUGCUCAUGCACCCCGAACCUUUAGCAGAGUGCAACACCCACACUAAUCACAAAUUUUCAGUUCUUCGCCAGAUGUUCAAACGUCGCCGUCAACCGAAACCGAAUUUCCACUCGUAACCGAAUCUUCCAGGCCAACUGAACCCCAGUGCACCAAACAAUGGACGUGUCCGCCUCCACGUCGUUUGAAGCCUCGCCGGACAAAAGGAGCAGCACCUACGUGGGCGACAACACACUGUACGACAGUGCUCUGGAUCACCAGCUGUCCACCACGGCCUAUAAGUCCUGUAAUGAGAGUCUUAUAAGCGAACUGAGCCAAAAUCCAUUGGGCCCCUUAACAUCGGCCAACAAAACAGGCAGUGCAGAGUUUGGCAAUGAGUCAGCUGUCUUCAAGUCCUUCGGAUCCCCGGCGCCGGCCGCUUUCAACAGUCCCACACCAGCACUCAAUGCCAGCAUGCUGCUGAUUCAGUCGGAGAGCACGGACACAAACACCUCGCAGGAGGAGGUGGACCCCAAGUCGCAGCUGGCCAAUAAGACAAUAUUCAAGACGGAUAAUCCCAACCUGUCAAUUAUAGAGAUUAACGAUAACUCGAUCAAGGAGGAGGACCUCGAGAAGGAGGUGGUGCUGGUGGAGGGCGACAACGUAAAGAAUCUGCUCAAGAAGUCGCCCAGCAAGGAUGCCACGGCAUCAUCUGCAAGCGCUUCAAUCGACAAGCGGCGUCGCAAGGAAUCACUGCUGCAGACGAGCAAGCAGAAGCUGGACAUCUCCAUUGCCGAGGCUUCGGCAGCAGCAGAUGGAAAUGGAAAUGGUAAUGGCAAUGGGGUUGGCGAUGGCGCUGGCGAAAAGCGGGAUCUGGUGCCGGUCAUCGAUCAGCCGCAGACCAAGCGCGACAUCACAAUCUACGACACCAUUGAGGAGUUCGAACAGAAUUUGCCGUCGACGGUGACGCUGCUAAACACGCCUUUCGGCAGCAAGGUCUAUCUUGUGGGCACGGCCCACUUUAGCGAGGAGUCGCAGGAUGACGUCUCAUAUGUCAUACGCAAUGUCCGUCCAGAUGUGGUCAUGGUUGAGCUGUGUCCAUCGCGUAUUCACAUCCUGAAGCUCGAUGAAAAGACGCUGUUGGAAGAGGCCAAGAGCAUCAAUAUUCCCAAGAUUCGCGGAAUCCUGCACACUCAUGGCUACAUCAACGGCAUAUUCUUCAUUCUGCUGCUGCAGAUGAGUGCCCAGAUCGCCAAGGAUCUGGGCAUGGCGCCGGGCGGAGAGUUCCGGCGUGCCUUCGAGGAGAUCCACAAGCUGCCCGGCUGCAUUCUGCACCUGGGCGAUCGUCCGAUCCGCAUCACCCUGUACCGCGCCCUGCGUGCCCUGUCGCUGUGGCAGACCAUGAAGCUGGUCUGGCGUCUGACCUUCACGGACAGCAUCAGCAUCGAGGAGGUGGAGGAGUGCAAGCAGAGCGACCUGCUGGAGAAACUGAUGCAGGAGAUGGCCGGCGAGUUCCCAGCCUUCUCGGACGUUUUUGUGCGCGAACGCGACAUUUUCCUGUGCCACUCGCUGCAGCUGGCUGCACUGCCUCAAGCGGCACCGGGUGCCCAGCAGAUCCGUCCGGUGCGCGUCGUCGGAGUGGUGGGCAUCGGCCAUGCCAACGGCAUUGCCAAGAUGUGGGGCACCGUGGACCCCAAGAAGAUUCCGGCCAUUCUCGAAAUUCCGCCGGCCAGCCUCGGCCAACGCGUCUGCACAUAUACGCUGAAGUACGGUUUGAUUGGCCUGGGAUGUUACGGUGCCUUCCGCUUCUUCCGGCCCCGUUUGACCCGCUUCUUUUAGAUGGACUGUGGACUGUGGACCAAGCAUGAGGCGCCUGUAUACCCUGCGUCUGCUAUGUUGUUGAAUUUGUUUUUAGUAAUCUUACGACUCCCUGCGCUUGAUUUACACACAUUUGAUCGCAGAACGCAGAUGAACCGAAUUAGUUGUAUUGUAUUUUAUUGUACAAUGAUGUUUUGAUAGACUCGUUUAUAUACGAAAUAUAUCCAUGGAUGUAUUAUACCUGCAUACGCGGAUACUACCACUAAACACAAGCCCAAAAGACCAUUACACAUAAACCUAGUUUUAAAAGUACCGAGUUCCAAGCAAUUUGACGGGCAUAAAAUAUAAAUUUCCGACUUUAGGUGAUUUCUGUUCCCUAAUUUAAAAGGUUUUUUAAUUUGUUAUUAACCAUUCCAACCCGUUUUGAUUUAAUUUCGAAAAUGUCUAAAAAAAAAACUCACAUGUUAUUGUCCACCUGAUUGUUAACUCAAAAGAACCACAUGUAUAUGAAACUAAGUUUUGGAUAGUUAAGGCAUCGUAUUCCAUGUUGUAUGUACAAGGUUUCCUAGCUCGAGAAUGCAAUGUAAAUGUCAAGAAGAAUACUACAUAUAUAGAAGCCCCGCCUCUGCAUUAGCAUAACUUUAUCUUCCACUCCUACUCAUAGAUGUUGUUCAUUCCGUAGCGAAAAUCUAAAAGUUAGCUAGUACUGUUCAGAAUUGUGGUAAUACGUGAUGGACCUUCCAAUGGCCGUGUGUUAUAAAUGUAUAACUAAAGCUAAAUGCUAAAAAAAAAAAAAAAAAUGAGGAAUUUUACAAAACAAAAACCGAAACAUACCAACCUACAUGUACUUUAUCUAUACUAUAUUCUAUAUCUGAGCGUUGUAAACGUAACAAAUGUUUUAGAAAUACGAUUACCUAGCGAACUAUAAGCAGUCUGUAUGUAUCUUGACGCAUGAUUAUUAGCUGCGUAGAUUUGCUAUUCCGUAAGUGGAGUUAUGUAGCAUUUAGAAUAGAACCUACCACCCGAAGCAAAAGCAAACGAGCCUUUGUUUGUUUGUUUGUGAGCGUCUCAAAUAAAUGUACUAUAUUGUAUUCCAGUCGAUGAUAAA